AUGGCCAGCCGUCGUCCUCAGGGUAAAUCAUACGCAGAAGCGGUCGCUACUCCUGCACCGGAGAAAACAUCCGAUUCCGAUGUUACGCCUGCAGUUCCCACAAAUGUCAUCUUCAAACUGCUAGGGUUUUCCGCCGCGAUGGUCUCAUUGCCCAUUGGCAUGUACUUUGUCGCAGUGAAGUUUGGCGCGAGUCCAACUGUCGCCGGCAUUAUUGCGGCUGUUACGGCCAAUAUCGUCUUGUUUGCGUAUGUCUUUGUUGCAUGGCAGGAUGAUCGCCUGGAGAGAGAAGCCUUAACGAAGAAGAAAGAAAAGAAGGCGCAAUAA